AUGGGACGAUGGACGCCGGCUUUGCUCGCUCUGGCCAGUUCGCUGGGCUAUGGCUCCACACUCUGGCCAAGCACGCAGUUCGGUCAGCCGGUCGAACCAGAAGUUCUUACCAACUUUGGUGCUUGGUCGUUCUACGUGCCAGAUGGCGAUGUCGGCCGCUAUGGUGCCGCCAGAGAGCCAUUACCUGGCUGCAAAGUGGAACAAAUCAAUCUCUUGAUGCGGCACGACUUCCGAGGUCCUUCUAAAGGUGUUGGCUCGGGCAUCGCCACCAUGGUUUCGAAGCUAGUCAAUGACAGCAGCGAAGCCGAUGCCAUGUCCAAGUUUCGCAUUGGGGAUGGUCAGCACCAUCCCGAGCUCGAAUUCUUAUCGACAUUGGAGCAAGAUUACCAAGCGGUCACACCGGAGCUACUCACCGCUUAUGGAGAGCAGGACGCGCAUGCUAGCGGAUACGCUUUCAAGAAGAGGUACGGACAUUUGGUGGGCAAGGAUGACUGGUACAAUGCACCCAUCAACCAUUCUUUGCCAGUGUUCAUUAGGACCACAGAUCAAAGCAGAGUCAACGUGACAAGCUGGGCAUUCUCGGAGGGCUUCUUGGGACUGGACUGGCGUCAACGCUUGACAGCUCCGCUAUUGACUCUUCCGGACAGUCUAACAACAUUCAAUGACUCGCUUGCCGUUGGAACGUGCCCCUACUCUAGCAAUGACACAUCUUCGGACGAUGCUUUCGCUACCUGGAACAAGAUCUGGCUGCCCGAGGUGGUCAAGAGGCUGCAACGUGCUCUUCCAGAUCUCAAUCUGACCACAUCGGACGUGCAAGCGAUGCAAAACGCUUGCCCCUUCCAGUCGGCCUUCUUGGGCCACUUGUCGCCGUUCUGCGCCAUUUUCACGCUGCGCGAGUGGGAGCUCUACUCGUACGGUCAAGACCUACAGCAGUACGAGAAUGCAGGGUACGGCGGUCCGCUUGGUCGAGCAUGGAGCGUUGGGUGGGUCAACGAGCUUCUUGCUCGAUUGACCGACAAGCCUGUCAAGGACCACACGACCACCAACGCUACGCUCGACGCCAACAGGCAGACGUUUCCCUUGGGCCUGCCGGUCUACCUCGACUUUACGCACGACACACAGCUCGCCUCAGCGAUCGCCGUCAUGGGGCUACUCAAGGAAGAGCUUGAUCCCAGACGUUUCCCGCACAAGGACCGGCGGUGGAAUUCGGCUCACAUUGUACCCAUGGGGGGACGCAUGGAGGUCGAACGACUCACGUGCAAGCGCAGUCCGGACAAGUACGUGCGCGUCAUCUUGAAUGAUGCCGUGCUCCCGCUUUCAGGGCUGAAAGAGUGCAGUGUGCACGCACAAGGUAGGAAACACGCUGCAGCGGGGAUGUGCAAGCUUGACGACUUUGUGACCAGUCAGAACUUUGCGCAGGCUGGCGGCAAUUGGAACAACUGCUUUCUGCAGUCGUAG